GUGAACAACAAGGUUUAAGGGGCCGAGAUUGUUUGUCUGAUGGUGUUAAGAGGUGUGGAACAUGCUUGUGAGGUGAGGGGGAAGUGUGCAUUGGAUGGUUCGUUGUCGAGCCGGGUGAUGAAUGGGACUCUAAAAAAGGCUGGUGCCUCUUUUGAACAUGGAGUUGAUGUCGAGAUGUUUAGCAUGGCGCAGCUUGUGGAGGCAAAGGCUCUGUUGGGGUCCCUUGACAACUUUCUUAUCUGCAAUAUGGAGGAGAAGUUGUUGCUUAUGGAUAAGAUCGAAGAACGCUUUGAUUGGGGAGAAUCUUCUAAGCAAAAGCAGGACCUUGAUGGUCACCCUGAUAUCAUUAGGGUAGUUGGGAAUCUGCAUGAGGUGGAAGCCGUAAAAUUGAACAGAGUGGUUGCAUCCAUGCUUGGAAUUGAAGACCAAAAAGUGUUGCUUUACCUAUUCUUAGAUGGCAAGAGGAAAUUUGAGCUUGGGGAGCGACAUUCAUCGUACAAACCUCUAAUGAAGGGGGUGGAUAUCUUUCAAAAUUUAGUGAUGUUAAUGAACAGCGGCGAGGAAUCACUAGAUUGUCACAAAUCUCCACAGUUACUUGAGAGUGAGAUUGGGGCAAUGAAGGAGGAUGUGAUGUUAAUGAAAAGUGGCGAGGAAUCACUAGAUUGUCACAAAUCUCCACAGUUACUUGAGAGUGAGAUUGGGGCGAUGAAGGAGGAUGUGCUUUCUUCUACAUUGUUCAUCGAGGCACACCUGGUAAGGUUCCAGGGUUCGGAUCUGCGCAUGCUCAGUCAAGGUGAAAUGCACAGGUACGUGAGGGUCUGGGAUCGAAUCCGAGCAGAGGAAAUCAAGGAUAGAGUGACUAGUGCACGGUCUGGGAAAUCAAAAGAUCGGCGACGCCAAAUUUGCAAGUGCGCUUGUCCGUAUGAGGCAUACACGUGCUGUCGUGGGAUUGAAGUGGAAGACGACCGCACAGAAUCUGUCCCAAGAUGUGCUCCUAAGAUGAGGUCCGGGUUUUGGCCCUGCAGAGCAGAUCCAGAACCCUUAUCAAGGUGAUUAACCAACAAGUAUGGCGUUGGAAAUCUUGUUGACUUCACCAUUUUUUUACUGCUGGUUGGUCAGCAUGCCCCCGGCCAUAUACAUAUAUGCGGAGAGACGAACACGCAGCAGACGUGUGAGGCAUUUUUCAUCAACCCAUCCAUGUGCACUCUUUUCAGUGAAGAACAAAACAUGUCGUAGUAGUUUAUGUACACGCUUGUCCCGGUGGUUCAUGUACACACAUGUCGUACCAUUUGCUCCCAACAUUGAUUGAAUUGUGGAUAGCUGGGCACUGGACCAUCGCCGCCGGACAUCUGUUGCCUCUGGUCGUUUCGGACUUCGUUUGGAUGCAGUUGGGAUGGCGAAUCGGACUGGGGCAGAUGCAACUCGGGAUAACGAUUUUUUUGGAAGCAGUCAGGAUCGCAAUUUCCCAGUUGGGAUUAGCGAUUGCUACUCGUUUGGAUCGGAAUUUUAGCCAUACGGUUUGAGACCCGUUUGCGUGCAGUUAUGUACAGGGAUUCAGACUCGUUCAGGUGCAGUCGGGAGAGCGAUUCUUAUUCAUCAGGAUGCGGUUGUGACAGCGAUUGCUGUGUAUCCGGAUCACAAUUGGGCAUAUGGUUUAGGACCUGUUUAGAUGCAGUUGGGACAGGGAUUUAGAUUCCUUUCGGAUGCAGUUGGGAUAGCGAUUCCUGCUCGUCUCGAUGCAGUGGGGAUAGUGAAUGCUACUCGUUUGCAUGGAGUUGGGAUAGCAAUUGCUGCUCAUUUCGAUCUUCAUUGGGGUAGGGAUUGCUAUUCGUUUGGAUGCAGUUGGGAUAGCGAUUCCUCGUAAGAAUGUGUCCAAAUCCCUAUAUGCCUAAUUUGGAUACAGUUGGGAUAGGGAUUCCUACUCGUUUGGCCGCAGUUGGGAUAGGGAUUCAGACUCGGUUGCCUGCAGUUCGGAUAACCAUUGCCACUCGUCUGGCUCGCAAUCUAGCAUAUAGGGAUUGGAACCCAUUUCGAUGCCAGUUGGAAUAGGGAUCCAGAUUCCUUUGGAUGCAGUUGGGAUAGGGAUCGGACACAGCUGCUCGUAAACAUCUGUUGUUGUUAUGAUACUGAGGCAUCUUGUCAUUCAUAUCUGUUGACGGAACUGAAAGAAGUGUGCACGAAACGGAAAGAAGUGUGCACUAUUUCGAGUCAUUUUUUUUGUGCGUGUCACUUGAUGCUGAGUUGUUAGGGGCCAGACCGGUAUGUUUCCUGGUGUGAAGACAUGGGGUUUCAAACCCCGUAAGAUUCCGGUGAAGUCCGUCAAAAAAGACUCCAAAUGAAUGUGAUCUGCUUGGUUGGACUCCCAGGGAGGCAUUUCGUACAGGGAUGGGCGGCGAUGUGGUUGCAUCGGAGGAUCUAUGAUGGUCUGUAAUCAAUCUUGCCAGGUCUU